GUUUUGGUCCCCAUGUUAAAUUAUAAAGGUACUGAUUAAUGUAGCAAGCAAAACUCAUUGUAAUUAAUCACUUAAAUCACUGUUUAGUGCGUUUUGCUUGGGGGUGUGCAGCGCGCUGCUUGUCUUGGGCACAGGUAAGGGGGUGUUUAAAAAAAAAAAGUUUAAGAACCGCUGACCUAGAGGUAUAAAAGUAUUCAAAUUUAAUACUAAUGUAAAGGUAUAGAUACUUGGGUUUAAAAAUAUUUAUUUAUAAAUAAAAUAAUUUUAUAAUAUAUAAUUGAAGAUUCCGGUUCAAGUAAUAGUUCAAAAGAAUACACUUUAUGAGCUACUUUUAAAGUAAAAAGUAAAAGUAAUGAAAAGGGGGGAAAUGCUGUUGAGGGUAAUUUAUUCAUUGACUGUAAAUUGUGUGAAAACAGAAUGAAAUAAGUCUACUGUAUGGCUGGGGAAAGCAUAUGGUGUCAUAACUGUAUUUAUGGUUUCACAAAAGUACCUGAACAUUGCACAGAAGCUUGGUAGUGAUUGAAAAAAACAACAACUUAAUAACUGUAGUAGACUAGACCUCUGAAAAUAAAUGUGAAUGCACUCUGGGAUAGAUAACAGUAGCAAAAAUGAUGUGGUCCAAACUGCCAUGACAAGGUAAAAGUGUUAAUCACAAAGAAAACGACAUGGCAAGUUGAUUAUACUUUUGUGUUAACUUGGUUUCUGUUAAUCAAAAUAUACACUCUAAGUAGACUCGGUCUCCUCGCGGACCUCGCCUCCUCUUCUGUCAUUGGUCGAGGGUAAAAAGUACACAGUAAAUGUUGCGGUGUUAAUUCAACACUUAUAGAGUUCAUUUAAGUCCAAAUGAUGUCAAAUCAACUCUCUAAGUGUUAAAUGAGCACUGCAGAAUUUACUGUGUAGGCGUUACAGCCUCGUCACAGUUUCUGAUAACACAGCUCAUUUACAAGAAAUCAGGCCACAUAAUGGGUGGUGUAGGAUGCGCCCCUGGAGAAACACCCAGUUGAAGACAGGGGCGUCGCCAGGCCUAUUUUACAGGGGCACGUGUCUGGGUAUUUAUCUGCUGUGCCCCUGUCUGAGUUUCACCAAAACAUCAAAAAUAAAAAAAUAAAAAAAACAACCAUGCUACCUUGGAAUUUAGCUCAAGUUUAGCAUAUCAAGGGCGUCGCCAGACCUAUUUUACAGGGGUUCGUGCCUGGGUAUUUAUCUGCUGUGCUCUGGUAUGAGUUUCACCAAAAGAUAAAAGUAAAGCAAACAAAAAAAACAACAACCACACUGCCUUGGAAUUUAGCUCAAGUUUAGCAUACCAGGGACAAUGCCAGGCCUAUUUUACAGGGGUACGUGUGUAGAGAAGGGGAGUAGAGUUGCCCAGGCGGGACUGGAACCCAGACCUUCUGGGGUAGUAAACCGUGGCUCUGACCGCUACACCAAAGAGUCAGGCUCGUUGGCAUGUAAGGCAGAACACACCCACAACCCUAGUAAUGGUCACUCCAUCACACUGCCUUCCCCUUCGGGAAGCGCACCCGUGCGCUUCACACACUCAUGGUGUCCCUCACACAACUGCCCAUCAUGCUUCUCCCAUCCAGUGUGCCCCAUCAUCAAUGCUUCACCUAUCACUGAGGUCCCUCACACGGGGGUCACCAAUCCUGGGGGUCCCUCACAUGGAAUUACGGCUCACACACCAUGGGUACGCUUCCGAUGGCCUCACAAUACCAUCCCACCGCUGCCACUAAAUGUUAUAAUGUAGAGUGUCGAGGGGUCUUAAGGCUAUGGCACACAGAUACGGCAGAGGCAAGCGGUGGAUUUUCACCAUUUAUUUUUAGAGUCCACAGGUGAGAGGCAGUGAGCCAGUGACUAAAUUAAAGAAACCCAACGAAAAUGAAAACAGAAGAUCCUAAAGUCUAUUUACAAAAUGUACAAAAAUAACUAGGCUAUCAUCAGCCAAAGUAAGAAAAAAUAGCCUACAUGGCAAAGAGUCACAGACUAAAACAUCCUCACACAGCUGAGGUUCUGGAGCUCAAAGAUGCAUGUCUUCUUUCCAUGGAGCUUCCAGACAAUUGAAACUCUGACUCUGUGCAUAAAUAUUUAGCGUUUCAGUGCUUGAGGAUCUCGGACCGUGAUGUAAUAUGGGCAAUGAGGCUAUGACAAAAUAUUAAGGAAGAUUAAAAAAAAAAUGUUACAGUUGAUACAAUCUUUAUAUAUUAAUGGGAAUAUGUGUAAUCCAUUCCACAAGAAAACAAAGAAUAGCUUAUUAUGAGUAGAAUAAAUUUUAUUGUAAUGCCAACAUGGAAUUUGUCAGGAUUUUGUCUGAAAUUUGUACAGCUGCAUAGUGUAAAAACCAUCUGUAAACAGACAACAGUGUAACUAAUCUAACGUGAAAGAAUAACAUUUUUGUAGGCCUAUAACAUGUUUGGACAUUUGGUAGUUUUGCCAAGCUAUUUUAUGUAAUUUACUUUAUUGUAUGUGUUUAGUUCAGGGGGUCGUCUUGCCUUGUGGGAGUUUCCAUUUUGAUUCCUGAUACCACCAGAGAGGAGUGAAUGACCAGAGCCCUCCCUCCUCCCCUGUGACUGAGGCAACAGGUGCAGAAUUGUGCAUGAAGAAUGGCAUCGUCUGCUGAGGACAUCAUAGAGACUGCUGCCCUGGGGAGGCCGUUUACUCUUGGGAUGUUGUACGAUUGCAGAAAGGAUUUCCUUGUUCCAGGUAUAACAUUGUGGAAUUAUGAUGACCUGCAGAAGAAUACUCGUAAAACAACACACCAAAACACAGAAUUCAAUAUCACAGCAUCAGACUCCAUUGAUGAGAAGUCAAAUUCAUUGAAUGUAUCUGGAUCUCUAAAACUAAGUCUCCUUGGAGGACUAGUGAAUGUGUCAGGAUCAGCUAAAUACUUCCAGGACACAAAGAAAUCUCACAAACAACAGCGGCUCACUCUUAAUUACAAAACAACAACUAGAUAUGAAGCACUUACAAUGUCUCACCUGGGCCGAGGUAAGGUAUCCCAUCCCAACGUGUUUGAAGAUCGCACAGCCACACAUGUUGUCACUGCCAUCUUGUACGGGGCCAGUGCUUAUUUCAUGUUUGACAGAGAAUCAUCUAACGACGAAGACAAGAAACACGUUGAGGGGGAAGCCAAACUGAUGAUGGAUAAGCUGAAAUUCAUCAAAAUAAGUGCAGAGGCAUCUUUUGACAUGGAUGAAAGAGAGAAAUGUGCCUUGGAAAAAUUCAGUUGCACAUUCCACGGAGAUUUCCAUCUUACCAGCAAUCCAUCAUCAUUUAUCGAGGCUAUGAAUGUUUACAGACAACUUCCAAAGUUGCUUGGAGAGGAUGGUGAGCAUGCUGUUCCAGUCAGGGUGUGGAUGUACCCUCUGGUGAAGCUGGACUCAAAAGCUGCAAAACUUCAAAGAGAAAUCAGCAACAGCCUCAUCACAUACACAUCAGGAGUGAUAGAGGACUUAAAUGAGACAGAGAUGAGAUGCAAUGACCUGCUGAAGGACACAGAAGCAACAACCUUCUCUGCCAUGAAGGAGAAGCUUCAGACCUUCAUGCAAAACUGCCGUCACUACAAGGUGGAGUUUGUGCAGAAGCUUGGGUCAGUGCUUCCUUCUAUCCGAGGGGGUGUACAAGAGGAGAGAGACCUUGCAGACAUCCUUAAAGCACAUGAGAAAUCUCCAUUCAACAGUAAAGACCUGGUUCAGUGGCUUACCGUGAAGGAAAAGGAAUCAGAGACAAUUACUCCCUUCCUCAAGCAGCUAGAGAAACUGGGUGCAAAAUUAGAUGACAACUUGGAUGGUCUGUUAUCUGAUCUAGACAUCACAAAUAUUGUGAGCUUCACAUUUACCUCCAUAGACCAGCCUGAUAGCAGCCUCAUGAAACAAUCACAUUUCCUUUCUCCAGCAGGAAUGAUGAAUGAAUGUCCAGAGUCUGACACUCUACAGAACAGAAAUACAGAGUGGAUCUCUGCUGAUACAAGGCAAACGAUGAGGAAACAGUUACAACAGUUUAAGCAUUUGAAGGAGCAGUUGGACAGCAGUGAUGACACCAAAUUCAUUGUAGCAUCCAAAUAUGAUGAGCGUUUCCCUGGAGCCUGUAUAUUCAUAUAUGAAGAUGGGAGUGAUGAGCCUGUCCCCUUCACUCCUCCAUCCAAACCUGCCACUCCAACCACCUCUGAUGUUUCAUACCACAGAUUAACAGUUGGGGUAUCAGACCCAGAUUCUGCCACUGUAGAGCACCGGGUAGAGUUCAGAAUGAAGAGUGAAUGGAUUUCUCACCCUGUGCAGAAGAACGAGAAAACAGUGACCCUAUCAGGACUGAAACCAGAUACUGAGUAUGAGAUCAGAGUCACAGCUGUGGGUAAACUUGGCUAUUCCAUCAGCAGUGAUGCUAUUACUGUCAAAACCACUAUUAGCCCACCAACUGAAGCAAAAGUUGAGAAUGUGAAGGCUUACUCAACCAACAUUGGCCCACCAACCAAUGUGAAAGUAAUUGAAAAGAAGGCAAAUUCAAUUACACUGAGCUGGUUAAACCCAGAAAAUUGUGAAGGUGUAGAGCAGUACCUUAUUGAGUACAAGGAGGAACACAGCAGUCGUUGGCAAAAACAAGACACAAAAAAAGAAAUGUACAAAUCUACUCUGAAGAACCUGAAACUGAACACUAGCUACUCCAUCAGGAUGCGCACAGAUGCAAAGAGUGGAAUGAGUGACUAUGGUGACAUUUUACUGGCUACAACCAGGGAAGGGCCACAGGACAAAAAAAGGUUCACUAUGUUGCCAUCAGGUAACCCACCAGUAACCCUACCAGUGUAUGGGCUAAAUUUACAAAAGGCAACCACAGUUCAGUUCAGAAAAAUGGAGUUUGGAAAACCCAAGCCAUUAGGCAACCCCCCAAACAAAACCAUCAUGUUUGUUGGUGCCACUGGAUCUGGCAAAACAACCCUCAUCAAUGGCAUAAUCAACUACGUACUGGGAGUUGACUGGGACAAUGACUGGAGAUUUAAACUGAUUGAUGAAGAUACUCAGAAAACUCAAGCACACAGUCAGACCUCAGCGGUGACAGCCUAUCAGAUUUACCACACAGAUGAAUUCCAAGUUCCAUAUUCACUCACUAUCAUUGACACCCCAGGGUUCGGGGACACCAGAGGGAUCAAACAUGACAAGGAGAUUACAGACCAAAUAAAACAGUUCUUCACAAAUAAGGAUGGCAUUGAUGCAAUUGACGCUGUGUGUUUUGUAGUGCAGGCUGCUUUAGCUCGUCUGACACACACACAGAGGUACAUCUUUGAUGCUAUUCUCUCUGUGUUUGGUAAGGACAUCGCCAGCAACAUCAUCACUCUGGUCACCUUUGCUGACGCCAAAACUCCUCCAGUACUGGCAGCCAUCAAAGAGGCCGACAUUCCAUGUGCCAAACAAAAGGAUGGGACCCUCAUCUAUUUCAAAUUCAACAACUCUGCACUUUUUGCCAACAACAUCAAAGAGAAUAAGGAUGGCAAAGACUCUUCUGAUGAGGACAAGGAGGAGGAUUUUGAUUACAUGUUCUGGAAAAUGGGGAAAAGCAGCCUGAAGAAAUUCUUCACUCAUCUGAAGACAAUGACAACCCAAAGUCUGAGUCUGACAAAGGAAGUUCUCCAGGAGCGUGAUCGGCUGGAGGCAACUGUUGAGGGAUUGCAGCCACUCAUCCAAAAGGGUUUGUCAAAAAUGGAGGAAAUACGAACAACAGAAGCAGCACUGGACAAACACAAGAACCAAGUUGAGGAGAACAGGGACUUUGAAUAUGAAGUAGAGGUUGAGAAACCUCAGAAGAUUGAUAUUCCAAGAGGAGAAUACAUCACCAACUGCCUUCAAUGCACUUUCACCUGCCACCGUCACUGUAGAAUACCAAAAGAUGAGGAUAAAAGGGGCUGUGUUGCAAUAGGUUCUAAUGGGUAUUGCACAGUUUGCCCUGGAAAAUGUAUAUGGAACAUUCAUCACAAUAUGGAGUACCGAUUUGAGACACAACGUGUGAAAGAAAAGAGGACGUACCAGAAUCUGAAGACAAAAUUUGAAGAAGCACUUGGAGAGCAGAUGACCACAGAGAAAAUGAUGUCACAGUUGAACCUUGAAUAUGAGCUAGUGCAGGAGGAGGUUGUUGAGAUGAUGAAUACUGUCAAUGCAUGUCUGACACGUCUGAAAGACAUCGCACUUCGGCCAGAUCCUUUGUCUACUACUGAGUACAUUGAUCUGAUGAUACAGUCCGAGAAACAGGAGUGUAGACCUGGAUAUAACGAGCGCAUCCAAGAGUUAACGGUAGUGAGACAAAAAGCUGUUGUGGUUCAGAAAAUGGCAAAGAGCAAGCCUGGACUUAAAGGUCGUACUAAAAGGGUCUUCAGUAAUAUCGUGAGUUGGUUUACCGAGUAACAAAUCUAGAAAGGUUACGUAAGGAAGUCUUGCCUGUGGUAUCUAACCUUUUAAUGUCUGUAGGCCUAUAUAAUCUUACUAGUUGUGUUAGAAUGUUUACGUGCAGUACUCUUGUCCAGGGUCGCUAUCAAAAGUCAAUCAUUCCAACUUGUCAGUUAAAAUACCAAAUGUGAAUACAUUAUGCACUCAUACUGUGCAUCACCCAUAUUAUGACAAUGCCUUUUUACUCUUUCAGUAAUUUCUCAGAUUUGCUGCAGUUAUUAGCGUUUUAUUUAGUUGGUUCUGUGUUGUUAUUGCAUUGAUGAAAUUAUGUUCUAAUUGUUGUUCUGCAUAUUUCCUGUGCCCUUCGGAUCUGCUAGUGAUAUUGGCUAUGAUUAUGUCCAUGAUUGUGAGUCGCUUUGGUUAAAAAGUGUCUGCCAAAUGCAGUGGAAUGUAGUGUAAUGUAAUUUGAAUUGCACUGAAUGAACAAAACUAGGAUUUUAGCCUUCUUUAGCCAAAAUGCGUUAUCUACUAAAGGCAUUAUGGAACUCUAUUCCACUACAUAUGAGGGAAUGUCCCUCUUUAGCCUCCUUUAAGAUGGAGAUUAAAAAGUGGCUUCGAGCCCAACAAACACUGAUAGUCUGAACCUCUACACAGCGUUCACACACACACACACACACACACACUCACAUAACACAUAGCCCUAUUUUGGGAGCAGUUUUUUUUUUUCUUCUUAUUGACGUGCUUUAUGCGUCUAUAUUGUGUUUCAUUUAUUUUGUUACUAACAGUCUGUUUUGGUUUUAGAUGUAUGUUUGGGGUUUUAAUUUAUAAUGCUUGUAAACAUCUUGCCGGCCUAUUUUGGACACCAGAUGGAAAUUAGCCUUUGGGCUACAAUCUGGCACAUUUACAUAUAUGUGCAUGUAUGUAUAUGUUCAUUAAUGUGCAAUGUCCUGAAGAAAUAAAUGAAUUGAAUUGAA